UUUUCUCUUCAACGAUAUCCUCUAUCCCAAAAAUCGAGCCUUUUCCUCCCCCCUUCCUCCUCCACCGCCGCCCAUCUCGCCGCCGCCGCCGCCGCCGAUGGCUCCCUCCACCGCCCUCUCUCCGGUGGCCUUCAAGUCCUCCUUCUCGCCGCUCCUCUUCAACCCGACCCGUUCUAAGAUAAAUGUCGAAGGUGCAUUCUGUUUGCCAUGUUACAAUAGGAAAAAGGCUAGCAAUAGAUCCUUUCGCGUGUACAGUUUAUUUGGGGGAAAAAAGGACAAAGACGAGAAUGGUGAAGAAGCACCAUCAAAGGCAGGAAUUUUCGGAAAUAUGCAAAAUCUUUAUGAAACUGUGAAGAAGGCCCAGAUGGUUGUCCAAGUUGAGGCUGUCCGGGUGCAAAAGGAGCUUGCAGCGACUGAGAUCGAUGGUUACUGUGAAGGGGAACUAAUCAAGGUAACACUUUCUGGGAACCAGCAGCCUGUAAGAGUUGAAAUCACCGAAGCUGCAAUGGAAGUGGGUGCUGAAAAACUUUCUGAGCUGGUGAACGACGCCUACAAGGAUGCACAUCAGAGGAGUGUCCAGGCAAUGAAGGAGAGGAUGGCUGAUCUGGCACAGAGCUUAGGAAUGCCAGCAGGCCUUGGUGAUGGACUCAAGUGAUAGUGUGGUACAUGAAUGCUUUUCAAUAAAAAAAAAAGUGUAUCUCAAUUUUGUAUACUAGCUGUAUUGAGUCAUCAGUUUAAAAUUCGUGGCGAGUACUGUUAGCUGUGUAAGAACUGUAAUCGAGAACAUCUGAUCCUGUUUUCCUUAAUCAUUGGCACACCAUAAUGCAUUGACGCAAGUGUGCUGUUUUACAACUGCUGUUGAUGUGCAGAAUGAAAUCUGUUCCAAACA